AGUGCAACGAAUUUUUCCAACAGAUUUGGAUUGUUACCAUUAUUUUCAGACUAUUAAGGAUUAUUAUUCAACUGCAUAUACAUUUUGCUUACUGUUUUAUCGUGUCUUCACAUUUCAAUGUUUGAGGAAUUAUUAUUAUUCUUGUUUGUAUUCAUCAUUGCCGACCGGCAUCCAUCAUCUUCAUUAACACUGAUUGUCAACUAAUUGUGCGUUUCUUCAUCGACACUCAUCAACACUCGGACUAAACAUUGUUCAUCUAGUUUAAUUGACUCAACGUUCAACAAACAUGCCACGGAAAAAACAGGAUCGACCUCAACGCUCUGAAUUUUCUGGUCCACUCGUAGUAAACUCAUCUGAUGAUGAUGAAGGUGAUGAUAAAUGUUCAAAUGGUGGCGAUGGCUAUGAAUCGUCAAGUUCAACCAUUGAUGAACCUCAUCCAUUAAUGAUGAGUUCACCUUUACCUGAAAAUGAAAUGGAUAACAAUUGCAACACUAAUAGUAACCUGAUUGGCAACACUGAUAACUUGACUUCAAAGUUGAUUAAUGAAAAUUUAAAUAAUCUUAUAGGGAACACUGGUUCAACCUCUAGUAAUAGUAAUUUAAAUAAUUUAAAUUGUAAUAUUAACUCAUUGUCAUCACCUUUAACCUCAUCAAGUUUAUCAUCAGGCAACAAUCCAAAGCUUUCAGGUGGCUUCAAUUUUGGUUCACUUUUCCCUGGAAUUGAAUUAUCUGAUAUUCAGGUAAUCUCGGAGCAACUUGAAAACACCAAGGUUGCAAUAGGUCAACAGCGUAUCAACCCAACAACCCUUGAAUCGGGAAACCUUUUAGUUUCAGGUUCAGGUCAACUUUCACCGCUAUCAGCCUUACAGGCAUCACUUUUAUCAGGCAAUGUAAACAUGGCUGCAAUAGCUGCUGCAAUUGCUGCUGCCUCAUCAACGGCAACAGCAUCAACACCAACAACAACAACAACCUCAUCCAAUUCAUUAUCAACUGCAUUAAAUCAAUUAUCGUCUUUAGCCUCACCAGUAGCAGUUGCUUCAACGGCAACCUCAACACCAACAACACCAACUUUAACCUCAUCAAUGGGACAACAACAGCAAAUGGCUUUACUUCAAACAGUCUUUAAACAACUUUUAGCCCAAAUUACCAGUAACGGAGGAGAGGUAGGAGGUGGUGGUGGUCUAACCUCAUCAUCACCAUCAUCAACUUCAUCAUCAUUAUCACCAACAGUAUUACAAGGUUUACCCUUUUUGAAGCCACCAAUGGCUCAAUUGGCAGCCGCAGUUGCAGCCGCAGCAACACCGUCACAGUCAUUAUUAUCAUCGGUAAACUCGACUUCAUCCGCAUCAAACCUUGUCUCACCUUCACUUGGAUCAAUACCAAAGGGAAUGCCUUUUUCAGUUUCAUCUCUAUGUGAUCCAGGCAAACUUGAUCAGGAUCAUAUUAACUCAAAAGGUGAGGAUGAUGAUGAGGAGGAGGAAGAAGAUGAAGAUUUGUGUGAAGAGGGAGAAGAUGCAAUAAUUGGUAGAAGCUCACCUGCAUCUUCAUUAUCAUCCAGUUCAUCCUUGUCUCCAUUAAAUUAUCAUCAAUCUCAUUCUUCGAGAAACAAUUUAAACAAUUUAACUCGACGCAAUUCUCAUCAUCGUUCAUCGUACCAUUCAUCCUCUUCCCAUCGGCACUCUCGUCCAUCUCAUCGAUCCUCUCGUAACCGUCGCAUGGGCACACCUGAUAAUCAAAUGGACUGUGAACCAACUGAUGAAGAUGCACCUUUAAAUGCUUCAGUAAGUUCAACCACAUUAGCAACCGGAAACGGAGGUUCAUUAGGAUUGCCUGAUGAUAUCGAUAAAAGCAUUCCAUUGGGUCCAAGUGACAUUCCACCGCCACCUUCACCAAGUGGACCCAAUACAUUAGAGUUGUUACAGCGACACACCGAAAAGGCACUUCAAAAUACUAUGCAGGGCAGUUCGUUUCUUAUGAAUGGCCUGUCUGACCUGGAAGGUUCCGAGUUUUUAAAGUUUCGCAAAGACGGUAAAGAGGAUUCCAAUUAUCGGCAUCGAUGUAGAUUCUGUGGUAAAGCUUUUGGCUCCGAUUCCGCUCUACAGAUACACAUUCGUUCGCACACCGGAGAGAAGCCCUUUAAGUGCAAUGUUUGUGGCAAUCGCUUCUCAACCAAGGGUAACCUCAAGGUUCACUUUGAACGGCAUAAGGACAGGUACUUGGAUAUGCACGACUCUGAGGGUGAUGAGGAUAGAACCAAUGACAACUCCAAUGCUGGCCUGUGCAACAACGGCAACAGUAAUGCUAGUUCAAGUCUAAACCUAGCACAUCAUUUUAGCAACAGCAAUAUGAGCAGUGUUCAUGCAAACACCGGUAUGAAUGACAGGGAUGAUGAGGAAGAAGAAGAUCAAGAUGAUGACGAUUCAAUUGGUUCAUCGGCGACACACUUUGCUUCAUGUUCCCCUCCUCGAGUAUCAUCAUCUUCACCCAGCACCAUGACAACUCCUUCAUUUGUCGGUCUUUCCCUAUCGACACCAACCACAACCAACAACAGUAUAAACGCCAGUUUAACUUCAGGACCAACCACAACGGUAGCCACAACAUUCUCAUCGACUCUUGCCGCUCCCUCAAUCAGUCCGUCAACACCUUCCAUACUCAGUGGUGGUUUAAAGGCAGGUUCAGGAGGCGGUGAACCAAGUGCACCUGGAUCAUCAUUAGCUGCAUCAUCUUCAUCGGGUUCGGCUGGAGCACCGGGAGUUCUUCCUGAUCCAAACUUUUAUCAAGAUCUUUUGCCCAAACCUGGAAGUGCUGAUAAUUCAUGGGAAAGUUUAAUGGAAAUUCAAAAAGCCUCUGAAACUCACAAACUUCAACAACUGGUUGACAAUAUUGAACACAAGUUAAGUGAUCCAAAUCAAUGUGUAAUCUGUCAUCGUGUCCUCUCUUGUAAAUCAGCCCUUCAAAUGCACUAUCGAACUCACACGGGAGAGCGACCCUUUAAGUGUAAAAUUUGUGACCGAGCCUUUACCACCAAAGGUAACCUUAAAACUCACAUGGGUGUCCACCGAGUUAAACCACCUUUACGAAUACUUCAUCAAUGUCCAGUUUGUCAUAAACAGUUUACCAACGCAUUGGUAUUACAGCAGCACAUUCGUAUGCAUCCAGUACACUUGUUUGCCUCCGAGGUGAGCAAACAAGCUUCAUCACUUUUGCCAAACUCUUUCCACUCUGGAAGGUCACCUUUCAUGUCACCCGCGGCCGCUGUUGCCGCAGCUGCCGCUGCAGCAGCCUCAACCGGAUCAGCUUCAACCCCUUAUGCUCCCAUGGAAGAUAUGCUUUUAUCCUCUGCUACCUCAUCAUCGACCAGUGGUGCUCUUGAUUUAACCCCUCGCAAUGGAUCCUCUUCAUCUUCCGUCUUCUCGGCAGCCGCAGCAGCAGCAGCAGCCUUUGGUAUGGGCCUGGGUCAAGGCGGUCUAGGUUUACGUUUACCAACCCUUUCCUCUUCCUCACUCCGUUCCUCACCUUCGCCCUCGUCGUCCUCGAUUCGAUCAUCAUCUCCACCCUCUUCGCCCUCACCAUCACCACUUGCUUUACGUUACCAUAGACGAAGCUCAUCCCACCAUUCAUCUCGACUCAAUGCUACACCACCAACCACAACGGGUCCAAUUUAUGGUUCAUCAUCAAACCCAAGUGCUGGACCAUCGACGCCUCCAGCUUAUCCAAUGGAAGACAUGGUUUCAUCGAACCUUAGGUCAUCAUCGACAAGCGGUGCACUUGAUUUAACUCCUCGAAAUGGUUCAGAACGAGGAGGUCGAAAAGAGGAUCGAAGAGGAGAAGGAGAAGAAAGUGCUGGUGGAGUCGACAUGAGUUCGCCUCGUUCCUCUCCUUCACCCUCCUCACCUCGUUCACCCUCACCUUCACCAUCAUCUUUAUCGCCCUCACCACUUGCUCUCGGUUACCAUCACCAGUCUCACCACUCUCAUCACCCACACUUGCCGAAGAAACAAAAUAUACCAACAACUUCCACUCCAACCUCAUUACCUUUAACCUCUCCAUCAAGCUCAGCUUCAACCUCACUCUCAACUUCCAGCUCAAUUAAACCUUCAAGUUCAUCAAGCAGACCAGUUUCAGCAGCAGCAGCAGCCGCAGCAGCAGCCGCUGUGGCCGCAGCCGCAGCAUCAGGUGGACUUCAUCCAAGUCGAUUAUUUAACUCGCCCUUUCCUGGUCUACAAUUUCCAACUGGUCGACCCAAUACAACUUGUCAAAUUUGUUACAAAACCUUUGCAUGUAAUUCAGCCCUAGAGAUUCAUUAUCGAUCACACACCAAGGAGCGACCCUUCAAGUGUUCAAUUUGUCAACGAGGCUUUUCAACCAAAGGUAACAUGAAGCAACACAUGAUGACCCAUAAAUGCCGUGAUCUACCUCCAGGACUUUAUACAACUUCCCUGACAAAUUACAACCAUUCAACCUCCAAUUCAUUUACCGGAAAUGCUUCCAAUCAAAAUAGCAACUCAAGUAACCAUAGUCAAUUUAACGGCAAAGAAAUAAAAGAUGAAAGUAAUGCAAGCAAUUCAAACAUGUCCACUGAAUCUGGACCCGUUCAUUCCAUUGGUGACAAUGAAAAUUCUGGACGAGGAGAAAUGUCCAAGUGUAAUUCAUCCAAUGGAGAGACAACCUUUGAAGAAGGAGGUGAGGAAGAAGGCGAUGGUGAGGAGGUUGGCGAGGAAGAUAUCGAUGAAAGUAAAAAUUAUGGUGGACACGAUGAUCGGUUGUUAAAUUCAGUGGCUGGUGGAAAUGCACAAACUUCAUCCCCAACCUCGUCAAUCGGUUCAUCUUGUUCCCUUUUACCUCAUCACCACUCACAACGAACCUCUUCUUCUGCUCCACCUGGACCAGUUCCGUCAUCUUCAUCAUCCUCAUCUUAUCCUGGAACAGCACCAGCCUCAUCUUCAUCAUCUUCAUCUCGAUCAUCAAAUAGUUGCAAACACGUUUGCGAGAAAUGCAAUAAACCUUUCUCAAGUCACAGUGCAUUACAAAUUCACAUGAGAACUCAUACCGGUGAUAAACCCUUUAAAUGUCAAAUUUGUGGGCGACCUUUCACCACCAAGGGUAACCUUAAGGUUCACAUGGGAACUCACGUUUGGAACAAUGGUUCAUCACGUCGAGGUCGAAGGAUGUCAAUUGAUUUACCCAAUUUACCGGUUCCCCCAUCAACACCAUAUUUUCCAUUCCUGAUCUCACAAUGAAAGACAAACAAAAGACUAAUUUAAAUUGAAAAUUAAUCAAAAGAAGACGAGGCGCAAAAAAAACAUUGGACAAAACAUUGAAAUUUAAACUCAAGUUUCAAAAACGGAAAACAAGAAAUUACGAGAAAACGUGUAAAUCAUUUUUAGUGGAAUUAGGCAAUUUCAAGGAUUCAAAGGGUAAAAAUGGAGCAAAAUUAUGAUUUUUGAUUUGUAAUUGAAAGCAAAAGAUGUUUAGAAAAACAAAAAUGAUAUCAAUAAGAGGAGAGAAAUGAUGAAAAAUUAUACAAAACAUGGACAAACAAACAAACCAAGCAACCAAGCUUAUUCUAAUUAACAUUAUUAUUAUUAUCAUUGGUAUAAUAACAGCAAGUGAAACAAAAAUUGAUCAUCAAUCACAUUUAAUUUUAACUCUAUUGGAACUCAUCAAUCAUCAAUUUUAACCUCAAUCUCUAUUCUCAUCAACCAAUUCAACUUGAAAGCUCAUCUUUAAAUCAUACCAUUAGAAAAAGCUAACAAAUUCAAAGGACAACAAAAUCAAACGGAACAUAAACUGCUGAUGAUUAUCCAUUCAUCACCAUCAUCUUCAUCAUUCUCAUCAUUUAUAGCCUCUUCUUCUUACUUGAUCAUCUUCUGCUCAUCUUUACCAAACUUCAUUCAACUCUAAUCUCACCAGUUGAAAUAUAUUAAAACAAAGGAAAACAAAAAAUGAACCAUUUUACGUUGUUUCCAUCAUUUUUGUCUAUUGCUCGUCAUCAUCAUCAUCACCUUUCCCAAGAAACAGACAAAAGCAAAAGACCGACUCAAUUGGAAAUGUCAAACACACCUUAUCUUACCUGUUUCACAUCAUCUUCAACUAUUCCGCUAUAUUUGUUUCUCUUCACGAUUAUAAUAUGUUAUAUAAUUUAGGAUAUAAUUUAUACUAUCAUUUCUUCUUCUUCCCUCUUCUCUUCUUUCCUUUAGGGUUGACAAAUUAUCAUGUACUGUGUUAUUAGCUAAAAUAAACUGUGUUAAUAUUGGC